AUGGAGCCCAAGAAGAAGCGCGGGCAGAGCGCCGGCCGCAAGCCGGCGGGCGACGGUGCGAAGUCUCUGCUGUCGGAGCGCGCGCAGUACCUGCAGCGCGAGUACAACCUGCUGUCGGAGCAGCUGGUGGCCUGCAAGCAGCGCGUGGACCAGGUGCUGCAGUACAACGCCUUCCUGGACCGCGAAGCGCUACGCUUGCGCGAAGAGAACAGACUGUACGCCAACUAUGUGAGCGCGCACGCACAGCGCUGCGCCAACAACAUCGUGCGGCUGGAGGACCAGAACCGCCUGGACCUGGCGCAGAUCCGCUGGCAGCGAGCCGAGCUGGCGUUGCUUUACCAAGGGCGCGAGGACGAGGUGAACGCUCAGCUGCAGAAGAUGAAGUCGCGCGCGGAGAACAUGGCGCGGCAGGUGCAGGAGCUGCAGCCCUACAAGGACCUGCAGCUGGAGCAGCUGGCACGCAUCCGCUCGCUGGAGCGCGAGUUGCUGCACAUGCGCGUGGAGCAAACGCAGUUGCUCCACCGCGCGAAGCGUCACUUCCUGGAGGACAAGGCGGCCUUGGAGCGCGAGGCGCGGCAACACGUGCAGUCCAUGACGCGCCGCGCAGAGCGGGAGGCGGCGCGCGUCCUCAUCAUGCACACUCAGUCCAUCAAGGCGGACAACGGGCGGCUGCGGCAGGAGCUCCUGAGGCUCCUGCAGCGGGCGCAGGUCCUGCAAAACAUGCGGCACCAGCUGCAGGAGCAGCGCGAACAGCUGCGCCAGGAGCACCAGGACGUGCGGAGCCUGCAGCGACUACACGGCUGGCUGCACCGGGGCUCCGAGGGCCCCCCGCUCUGGCAGCCGCCCCUCCCGUCCCACUCGUGCCCUGAGCCAUCUGCCAACGUGCUGGACCCGUUCUAUGCGGCUUCCCUGGCCCAGCCUGGGGUCGGGUCACGUGCGGCUUCCCUGGCCCAGCCUGGGGUCUGGUCACGUGCGGCUUCCCAGGUCCUGUCUGUGGCCUCGCUGCAGCCAGCCUCUAAGACCCGGUCCGUCGUGUCCCUGGUGCGGUCCUUGGUGCCGUCUCUGCCCGCAGGCUCGGUGGUGGCCGCCCUGGCUCCAUCACACCCUGGCUCAAGAAUGUCAUCGCUGACUCCCUCCCACCCUGGCUCGAGGAUCCCGUCCCUGACCCUGUCGCACAAGGGCUCCAGGGACCCAUCCCUGACUCCAUCGUCAGCGAGUUCUGUGAUCUUGCCGGCGUGGUCGCGCGAGACCUCUAGGCUCUCUCCACAGAUGUCCUUGCGUGAGCUCUCCCAGGACACAGUCACCUCUGCGAAAUCCGGAUCCAAACUCCCCGCGCGUCCGUCCCACGAUCCCGUCCCUCCCAACCCGCAGUUGGAAACCGCGAAGGCCGACGAUGCCACAGAAGCAGCCUUGGGACAAGCCUGACCUAUCCUGGUUCGUGGGGCUGUAGGGUGGAAGAGGCGUGCCCAGACGCUUUGUUACGAAAAGAUGUUAAUAAAAGUUUGACACACACACA